CUCAGCCAGCUCUGCCUCCUUCCCUCUGCCUCUCCACCCAGCCCCAGUACUGCUUGCUUCGGAUAACCUCCUUUCAAUGAUGUCCACUGAGCGGAUCCAGUCAUGCAAACUCCCAGAAGAAAGACUGGACAAGCGAGACACACACAGCAACCACUUGGAUGAUAUUUCGGAGCAGUUCAUUAUGAGUUGUGACAUUAAAAGGAAGCCAAGGAAGGGAAAAGCCAUUCAGGGAGGCCCAAACCCCGACUUGGAGCAAAAAAAGCCAAGGAGAAAAGAUGCACCUGCACUGCACAUUCCUCCAUUUAUGACAGGUGUUCUUUCUGAGCAUUUAUCAAAAAGAUGUGACAUCAAAGAGAACCCACCAAAGGGCAAACUGAGUCCAGCUCUUCAUAACAGUGACCUAGAGCAGAAAAAGCCAAGGAGAAAGGACACACCUGCUCUACACAUGUCACCUUUUGCAGCAGGUGUCCUGCUUCUCCAAGAAGAAAGACAUAAAGUGAUUAUGGAAGAUGAAGAAAAGGAUGGAGAAAAGAUUCCUAUUUAAAGUAUUUUUUCCCUCUGAGAGUUCUUGUGAAUUUACUAAAAUGGCUUUCAGUAGAGACCUGCAAUGUAUAUACAUGUCUUUCUACCCUUAUUUUCCCAUAGUCAACCUUCCAGAGCUAGUCUUCUUUGAUUGAGACCUAUGUAUCAGAUGGAAAGUAAUUCUGAUUUUCUUUUUUCUAUCUUACUCCUCAAUAGUAUUUCCUUACCAUUGUGUAGAUCCAUGAUAAAUAUCAUCUUCAAUCCCCUUCCUGGCUUCCAAUCUCCUCCACCCUCAAUCUCCACUUAUUAAUUACCCUAUUAAUCAGUAUAACUUGUGAUAGUAUCAGGAACAGUUUGGGGGAGGGUAAGAUUGGGGCCACGUUGCUGAUGGAGCAUGGAGCGCUCAACCAAACCACCAGUAAACCAAGUCAUUCAUAGAGCCACAAUAACAAGACAGAUCUAAUGGAUUAACAGAGUUUGCUAAGACACGUUUGUGAGUGGUUGGGUUAGUGCUUUACCCAUGGGGUGAGCCCACACAUCUCAUCCGUGGCAUAGAGUGUGACCUUUAUGAUGAACACAAAACAACCACUUGACUCUAGAACCCAAUUCUACAAACAUAGGACUUUGUCCUAGCUGUCCCUAAUGCCAAGAAGGCUCUCCUUCCUCAUCCCUGCUUCUUUAUUUCCUUGGCUUUCACUACAGUUACCUUCCAUCUACUCUCUACACAUUUUGUGUGUAUUUAGUUAUUAAUGUGUUUUCUCCUACAUUAGAAUGUAAGCUCUUGGAAGGC